GUGGUGGGCAUCCUGGUUGGCGUCAGUGUCAUCGUGCUGGUGGCCUCUCCUCUCCUCCUGCUGGCUUCACCCUGCAUCCUGUGCUGCCUGUGCAAGCCCUGCCGAGGCAAAAAGAAGAGGAGGAAGAAGAAAGAGCUCACGCAGACAGACAUACAGCCAGAACUCAGUCCCACCAAGUCAUAAAGAGAGACUGCUCCUUCUUCUCACCACGGUCUGGGAAUGGAUCCAUURAGUCAYUUCAGGKACUGAUUUUAAUUCA